AGAGAGGGAGAAGAUUUGAAGGGAGUCUCCAAACCCUAACUCUCCUCCCAAAUCAGCUUUCCUACCGGCCACAACAAGGCUCUCUUCUAGGGUUUUGGUUUUUAGGCUUUCUUCCUCCCAAUCUCUGUAAAGUCUCCAUGAGCAACAGCAAGGAGAACUUCAACAUGGCCGAUCUCGGCUCCUCUCUACCCGGUGCUGUCGCCGCUCUCAACGCCGAGGAUCGAGCUGACCUCGUCAACGCGCUCAAGAAUAAGCUUCAAAAUCUGGCUGGGCAGCACUCUGAUGUUCUUGAGAAUCUGACGCCGAAAGUUAGGAAGCGUGUGGAGACUCUCAGGGAGAUCCAGGGUCAACAUGAUGAAUUGGAGGCAAAAUUUUUUGAGGAGAGAGCAGCACUAGAAGCUAAAUAUCAAAAGCUAUAUCAACCUCUUUACUCCAAGAGAUAUGACAUUGUGAAUGGUGUUGUUGAAGUGGAUGGAGUUACGAAUGAAGUGACAAUGGACCAAGAGGAUAAAGCUGAAGAGAAAGGAGUGCCUGACUUUUGGCUUACUGCAAUGAAGACUAAUGAAGUGCUAGCUGAGGAGAUUUCUGAGCGUGAUGAAGGAGCUCUCAAAUAUAUCAAGGAUAUCAAGUGGUGUCGGAUUGAUAACCCCAAGGGUUUUAAGCUUGAGUUUUUCUUUGACACCAAUCCUUAUUUCAAGAAUUCUGUUCUGACAAAAACUUAUCACAUGAUCGACGAAGAUGAACCUAUUCUUGAGAAAGCAAUUGGGACGGAGAUUGAAUGGUUCCCGGGAAAAUGCUUGACUCAAAAGCUCCUGAAGAAGAAGCCUAGGAAGGGCUCUAAAAAUGCCAAGCCAAUCACAAAAACAGAAAGUUGUGAAAGUUUUUUCAAUUUCUUUAGUCCACCACAAGUUCCUGAGGAUGAUGAAGAUAUUGAUGAAGACACUGCUGAAGAGCUUCAGAAUCAGAUGGAACAAGAUUAUGACAUUGGGUCAACCAUUCGAGACAAAAUCAUCCCCCAUGCUGUUUCAUGGUUCACAGGGGAGGCUGCUCAGGGUGAUGAGUUUGGUGACAUGGAAGAUGAUGAAGAUGAAGACAUUGAUGAAGAUGAUGAAGAUGAGGAUGAAGAAGAGGAUGAUGAAGAGGACGAUGAUGAAGAUGAAGAGGAUAGCAAAGCCGUGAAGAAGAAGAGUGGCAGGGCACAAGUUGGAGAUGGGCAACAGGGUGAGCGCCCUCCGGAAUGUAAGCAGCAGUAGAGCGUUUGAUAAGCGAAGCAAGAUUUGAGAUUGGCUGAGUUUUGUCUAUGGAGUCACUGCAACAUGUGUUGCAGUUUGAGAGGAGAGGGGAGGGGGUGGGAUGGGGUGUGGGUAGCGGGUUGUGAUGAGGGGACGGUUUGGGUCUUUCUGUUAUGUUAAAAGAGUUUGGGUGUUUUCUCCUUUGAUCAUUUUCUUUAUUUAUGGUUAUCUUAGAGAAAAUAUUAAAUUUUACAAUCUUAUUAUUUUUCAUUUUUGACUUGUUGGUUUGGAGGGAUGUAUUUUGAGGAGAGCCUUGUCAAGCUGUUGGUGCUGUGAACAGUUGAAAACUAUGGAAAGCAUAUCAUGUUUCGAUAGUCCUUGUAGUCAUAUUUUUAUGGUUUCCUCCAACCCAUUCUUGUUGUAACCAUUAUUUUCAGAAUUUGCCUAGACUGGAGUCCAUUCCCGUUGAUACUACUUGAUAUACACAAACUAUUAUUUAUUGUCCAAA